AUGGUGGCACUAAACAACCAGAAAUACGCAUCACAGGACUUCAUCAUCGAUCUUUGAGACUGCCUCUAAAGCAUUCAGGGGGCAGACCAAUAUUCUCCGAAUGAGCUUUGUUCUAACGAUUUUCGCGUCCAUACAACCCGCACGCAUUGUAAGACGGUAAUUUUUCUUCAAUUAACGGACAUGUAAACAGUCUGUAUCACUUGGCAUUUACUGGAUUUGUACAUUGAAACCAGACAAUGGAACACAGCAGACAGUACUCCUGGCGAAAAGGAAGCAAAUGGAUGGGCUUGGUGCUGUCUCUGAGUCUGAUUUUUGGAAAGGCAUCGGGACAGAUAAGAUAUUCUAUAUCGGAGGAGAUCAAAGAAGGGACUUCUGUUGGGAAUAUUGCAAAGGAUCUCGGAAUAGAUCCAGUCAUAUUAAAAUCAAGGGGAUUUCGUAUUGUCUCUGGCUCCACCGAACCCCUUUUCCAAGUAAACCAAAAUGAUGGGAUUUUAUAUGUAAAUCGUAACAUUGACCGUGAAGAAAUAUGCCAGCGGACCAAUGUCUGUUUGAUAAACCUGAAGACCGUCCUAGAAAACCCACUGGAGAUCCAUUACGUUGCUGUGGAAGUGUUAGACGUAAAUGACCAUUCGCCCUCUUUUCCGGAAGACAACAAAAAGAUAGAGAUUUCGGAGUCCACUUUACCGGGAACCAGAUUUCAGUUGCAUGCUGCUCUUGAUCCAGAUGGUGGUAUGAAUUCCGUUCAACAAUACAAACUAAGUCCUAAUAAUCAUUUUCGGCUAGAAGUGAAAGAUAGUGGAAAAGAAGGUAAAGUGCCUAUUUUACAAUUACAAAGCCCGUUAGACAGAGAGGCCUCGAGCAGCCACAAACUACUUCUUACAGCCCUGGAUGGAGGCAAACCUCCUAAAUCAGGGUCCAUGGAUAUAUUUAUAGACGUUCUAGAUGUGAACGAUAAUGCGCCAGUUUUUACAAAAGAUGUGUAUUCUGCAGAUAUAAAUGAAGAUGCACCGAUUGGAACAAUAGUCAUACGAGUAAAUGCCACGGAUAUGGAUGACGGUUUGAAUGGAGAUGUUAGCUAUUCUUUCGGCAAUGUAAAUAUUAAGGUACAUGAACUGUUUGAUGUCGACCCGAUCACAGGUGAGAUAACUGUGAAAGGACAAUUAGACUAUGAAGUGGAUGACAGUUACGAGAUAAACAUCCAGGCAUCUGACAGCGGUGCUGUUCCAUUUAGAACGGAAAAAAGCGUGAGUGUAAAUAUUAAAGACAAAAAUGACAAUGCACCUGUAAUUGAGGUGACGUCACUGUCUAGUACCAUUUCAGAAGAUUCCAGACCAGCAACAGCUGUAGCACUUCUUAGCAUUACGGAUUUGGACUCUGGAGUAAACGGGAAAGUUCUCUGCUUUGUAAAAGGCGAUGUCCCUUUCACAAUAACACCUUCAAUACAGGAAAACAUGUACACUGUCGUGACAAAGUCACAGCUUGACAGGGAAAACAAAUCGAUUUAUGAUGUAACAGUAAUCGCAAAAGAUGCAGGUGAACCAGCCUUAACAACCAAAACGACGUUGAGAGUUAUUAUAUCCGACGUUAACGACAACAGCCCAGAGUUUUUAAUGAGGCAAUACAAUUUCUAC